AUGGCUGGAAGACAGCGCAUGUUCAUCCUCCCCUCCCUUUAUCUUACAUUCCUCCAUCUCUGUUUCUUCAUUCCUGCACGUUUCUGUGGUCCUUCCCGGGCCCCUCUCCUUGCUGGCCAGCCCUUUCUGGUUCUGUGGGGUGUUCCAGAUAAAGACUGUUUGGGCCGGCCAAACCCAGCUGCAUUUGGGAUGGAGUGGGAAGGCCGUGUGGCAAUAUUUUAUGAAGACACGCUCGGACUUUACCCAUAUUUCACUGUGCAGGAUCGUCCUGUCAAUGGAGGCCUACCACAACACACCAGCCUUGACCUUCACCUUCAGAGGGUGGAGGGGGACCUGACCGUCUCAUUACCCCAGGCAGGAGCACCUGGGCUGGGGAUUCUGCGCUGGCAGGAGUGGGCACCUCAGUGGAACAGGAAUAGAGGAAAUAAAGCAAAGUACCUUGUUGAGUCGAGAGCUCUUCUGCGAGGAUUUUUUCCAGAUUGGAGUGUAGCGGAAGUGGAGAAAUGGUCUCAGGUUGACUUUGAGGCAGCAGCACAGUCCAUAAUGAUGGAAACCCUGCGGGAGGUGAAGAAACUCCGCCCACAGAGAUUAUGGGGCCUGGCUCCGUAUCCUAACUGCUAUAACUUCGACCCCGCCCAGAUGGCAUUAGCCAAUUACACGGGGCGGUGUCCUGCAGCGGAAAUGGCCCUUAAUGAUGAGCUGAUGUGGUUGUGGAAGCGGAGCGGAGCCCUUUAUCCCGUCCUCUCACUGGAGAAGCUGCCAGAGGGGACCAAAGGGGCGUGGCUUUACUCAACCAAUCAGAUCAGAGAGGCAUUACGAGUGGCAGCUCUUGCGGGGACUUCAUCUGAUCUUCCUGUGUUUCCGAUGAUCAAGAUCGUUUACACUUCUUCCUCCUCCUUCCUCUCAGAGGCUGACCUGGUGAAUACGAUUGGAGAGAGUGCUGCUAUGGGAGCAUCUGGAGUCAUUAUAUGGGAAAAAUCAUUAGCAGUUAAAACACAGAAAUCCUGCUCAGAGUUUGGCUCAUAUGUUCGCCAGGUUCUCGGCCCUUACUCUGUCAAUGUGACCACAGCAGCACGUCUCUGUGGGGUCUCUCUGUGUCAAGGCCGUGGACGCUGCGUGCGCAAGAAACCCGAGGACCCCACAUACCUGCAUCUUCCCUCAGCUCACUUUAUGCUGAUCCCGAACGGGGCAGAAGGAGUGCGGGCCACAGGCGAGCUUCCCACUGCUUACAUUGACCUCUGGAAGAAGGACUUCCGGUGUCAGUGGUUCGAGGCACUGGAGGGCGCAGCAGCAGAUCAAGAAUCAGGAGCGGUGCUGGAAAACAGAAGGAAAAUAACAUCAGCAACAACAACAACAGUAAAGCCAGUGGGUGGCUUGAGCCAGAGUCAGAGUACAGUGGGUCCAGUGGUACCAAUGGCACCAGCGCCUACCAAACAGCCAGUGGAAGGUGGAAGCUCAGCCCUUAAAACUCCCCUUGUCCUAUUCUGUUCUCUGGCUCUCUUCAGCUUCGUUGUGUUUGAUGUGUAA